GGCGGAGCAGCCGGAAGGGGUGGGGCCUCCUCGUGACAGUCUUGAGAGAAAGCGCAGAGGCUGUGCUGGGCGUGUUGAGUACUGUUUUAUGUCUCAUCGUGUGGAAGAGCGAACUGGUUUCUACGCCUGGUUGUGUUUGCAUGGGAAAAGGAGAGCCCGGCAUUUACUGAAAGCUAUGGAAUACGGCGUACAGGUUAGCGCCGCCCACUCGGGCCUCGUCGCCCACUGCAAGCUGUUUCGGAUUUGACUCCCCAUCGUUUUCUUUUGCGGUCCUGAUUAAGGAAGAAGGUCAGGACGAUGGAAGAUAAGCGUUCAAGGAUUAAGACAGAGAAGGCCACCCUGAUACAGGAGUUGGUGCCACUUCACCCACAGCCUCUAGACAGGCGGUCUGGCUGUGAGACAUGGAGUCUUGAAUUUUCACCUGAUGGUUCCUACUUUGCAUGGUCAAUGGGACAUGGUAUUGUCAAGCUGGUGCCUUGGCCCUUAGAGGACAAAAUCAGAGUGCCUAGGAAUAAUGCUUGCAAGCCUUGCUUUUCCACCGCUGGACAGCAGGAAAACAACAGCGCAAAGGAAAAAACCUUAGACUGUGGCCAGAUUGUGUGGAGCUUAGCCUUUGGGCCACGUGGACUUCAAGGCAGAGAGGGCAACAUUCGUCCAUCCAAAUAUUUUCUAUCGACGCUUAUUCUUGCUACAGGUCUGAACAAUGGUUUCAUUAAAGUCUGGGAUGUGAAAACAGGUAAUUUCCUCUUUUGUCUUACGGGGCAUCAGGAUGUAGUAAGAGAUUUGGCUUUUGCUCCAAAUGGUGGAUGGUCUCUUGUAUCUGCAUCCCGUGAUAAGACUCUUCAUAUCUGGAAUCUGACAAAGGGAGCGGAUACAAACCCCAAAGUGCUUAAAGGCCACACACAAUGGGUUUACUGCUGCUGUGUUUCACCCAACUGCAGUAUGAUUGCUUCAGUCUCUGGAGAAAAAUAUGUCUUCUUGUGGAGUAUGCGAUCUUAUACUUUCAUUAGAAAGCUGGAGGGUCACAGGAAUUAUGUAAUUUCAUGUGAUUUUUCUCCCGAUGGGGCUUUGCUCAUAACUGCAGCUUUUGACCACCAGGUGCGCCUGUGGGAUCCAUACACUGGCAAGACGUUAAUUGAGUUAUGUCAUUACUUUCCUGGCCCACUCAGUAACACCAUCCAUGAUGUUCUUCUGCGAUCUGUCCGUUUUUCACCAGAAGGUUUAUACUUUGCAACUGUUGCAGAGGACAGGGAUAUGAGAAUUUGGGCUUUGGGAAUAGAGAUUCCUGUUGUGGAAAGUCCUGAUACCCAAACCCCUGUAACCAAUGGGUUAUGCUGUGUUUUUCAUCCACACGGUGGCAUCCUUGCAACAGGCACAAGAGAUGGUCAUGUUCAGUUUUGGUGCUCUCCCAUGGUAAUACCAAGCUUACGACACCUUUGCCGCCAGACCCUUCGGAACUUUUUGUCAACCCAUCAGGUACUGGCUCUACCAAUCCCCACAAAAAUGAAGGACUUUCUUACAUACAGGUCACUUACGGCUCACAGAGGAGACAGUGCAUUACAUCAUUCACAAGAAGUCAUAUCUUUGAAUUAAGCAUUGUUUUUGUAACUAAAUAUAUUUAAAAGGCUGUAAGUAUUCCUCAAAUUAAGGAGCACUUUAGACUUACCUAUGUUGAAAUGUUAUUUAUUUUUCUAUGCAUAUUCCAUUUAACUGACUGAUUCUGUAAAAUGCAGUGCCACAUGUAUAUUUUAUAAACAUUACUAUUUAUUCAUGGGAAAGCGGAGGGUUGUAUAUACACACAUACACUACUGUUCUUCUGGAAGGAUUAUACAAAUUGCCUCCAAACUAUUGUAAAUUAAAUCAGAAAGAUGUACUUAAUUUCCUGUGCUGAGGCAAUAUGUUCUACAAGAUUAAACAAUAUUUUUGUACACUGGGUGAAAUGCUACUUGAGGUCAGAAAUGACACAUUGUGAAACCCCCUUUCACAUUAGCAUUCUAAGAAGGAUGCUUGCAGUGUUUCACAUAUCAUUUUGUGAAAGGUCAACCUUAUGAAAGAAAAGCCACAACAGUUUCAUGGAAAGUUUGAUCAAGCAUCUAAUAACUGAGCCCUAACCAUUUUGUAACUGAAUAAAAGGUGAAUAAAUGCAUUGUCUCCACCAAAAACAUCAAGACAUUCAACAGUACAGACACUACUGGGACAGUAAGUGGGAUGGCUUGGUUUUUCAUCCUGCAGUUAUCCAAACGUCUGCAUCUCCAUAAUUUGUUAAAUAAAUAGUGAAUAAUAUAAAUUAAAAUUUCUUAAAAAAAAGAGGCUAAAACAGAAUACCAAGACUAAAGUAAACUAAAAAUCUUGAGUAAAUUUAGUAGAGUAGUACUAGGGAGUGUCUAUUAAAUCAGUAAUAUUAGAUUUUCUUACAGGGAUUGACUGUAUCUGUUUUAAUUUUCUCUCUUUAAUAUGAAGGUGUCAGCACAGUCUUCAGAUUCAUAAGCAUCUUUUUAUGUAAACCACACAGACAAAAGAAAAAGAAGUAUGAAAUGACAACAGCUUGCAUAUCACAUAUGUUGGUAGGUUAACUUCGCCAGUAACACUGGCUGAUGUUUUGUACUAAACUAACAAAACACAGGGUGGACUGUUAGUGUGAAAUGGGCCAUAUACACAUAGUUGGGGGAAGGAUGGAUGGGGGAUUAGGUUUGAUCUAUACUAUUUGCAAAUAUAAAAAUUUAAAUUUUAGCACAGUAGCAAGUCUGGUGAUUAUAAUAUAUACGUGUGUAUGUUUUCUACUUGAAAGUAAAGUUGUUUAGAAAAUUAAUUUCGCACUUACUCACUUUUCUGAUUGUGAUAAAGAAUAUUAAUGUUGCUGCUGCUGUGUUAGGGUACUUGAAUCUGUUAUACAUUAGUGUAUCCUAGGUAAAGAACAUUAUAACUUUAAAUGGACAUGACAAAAUAAAUGUCUUCAUAAUAAGUAUCUGCAUAAGGACUAAAAUGUGCUGCUUAAAACUCUGAGAAAAACCAAAAAGAUGGCAUUUUCUUGCCAGAAAUUGAUGUAUUAAAAUUCUAAUAAAAUAUGUCAAAGAAA